GAGGAGGAGGAGGAGGAGGCAGGGACACGCUGCUGCGGCGGGAGCGAGCGGGGGGAAUGAUGGCGGUGAGCGAGGAGAAGUGGCAAGUUUGAUCACUGCAAAAGGAAAAAAAGAAAAAAGAAAAGAAGAAGAGAACCGGGACGUCGACCUUUCGGUGCCGAACACGAUGGAGCGAGUCGGAGAUGACUUCGCUGUGACCUUGUAGCUGAGACAACAGGGAUCCAGAGCAGCCCCCCCACCCCCCAUCCUCCGGGACCAUGGCACCGCUUGCUUAAAGUGGAGGGAUACGUGUUCACCAACCAGUGUCUCCAUUACCGCCUUUUCUUUCUGUGAUCAACGAACAACAACAACGACAGAAAAAUGAUCAAAGCCGAAAGCAAAGUGGGCGAGAGGACCCUGCGGAGCGCGUCCCCUCACAGAAACGCCUACAAGUCUGACUUCCACGCCAUCAAAUGCACCUUCGACGGGCCCAAAUCGGAGGGCGCCGCCAGGUCCUACACGAAUGGCUCCAGUGACACCCGGGAGGACUCGCGGGGGAGGCCCUUCGGCACCAGGGUGAACAAGAUAAAGAACAUUUUCCUGCAGAUGGACGGCCAGCAGCAGGAGUGCCAAGAAGCGAAGGUGGCCGUAAAGUCCGAAGUGGCGCAGGUUUCCCCGCCGAAGCAGCAAGUUCCAGCCACGGCGCACAGAGUUAACUUCAACACUGCCACGAGCCCCGAGGCGCACAAUUUAGAUAAAACACCCAAGGGGGAGGAUGUUGUUGAGAUCGACAAAGUGGCUUUGGCUGAGAAGUUCUCUGUGACCAGAAAACUCUUUGAAAGGGGCAUCAAAGAGCCGCCCGCAGCUGAAAAGCAGUCUCCGAACAGAGUGGUGAGCCGUUUGUCCCUCGGAAGUGCUUCUGAUGAGGGGAAAAGCCCGAGGAGAGUGUCGGGGUCUUCUGAGGCCACCAUCAAACCGGAGCAAACUCCCACAUCCCCAGUUAAAAGUCGACCAGACGAGAAGGCUGAUGGUGAGAAGAAGCACGCGUCUCGAGCGUCACUGAAUGCAGGACCGAUGUCAAAGAGGCUGGAGAAUUACAUGCCUGAAAUUGGCUCGGAAAACAACAGCACAGCUGCUGCGAAAGAGGCAACGGCGUCUGCUAAACAACACAGUACCACUGAACACAUACUGCCUACCUCUCCAACAAGGGACAGCUCACAUAAACCUACUUCUCCUGUCAAAGAAGCCACUAACUCUUCGCCUGUAACCAAUGCCACUAACAAAAAUACAUUCCAAAUCACCGGUGUCGUCAACAAACGGUCAACCCCUGGGUCUAAUAGUGGGCCCAAAGCAACAAUGCCAGUUAGUAACGCAGCUUACAAGUCUGUUUCUCCAGCAACCGACGCCGCUCACAGACCCCUCUCACCAGAGCAAACGACUCCGAUUAGCCACGGCUACAAGCGCUCCUCGUCAUCCGGUGAUGGAUUUAGCAGGACAUCUGUCGGCGGGGAUGAAGACAAGCCGCAUAGUCCACCCCCAAGGGACGUGAAGCAGCCUCUUCCAUCAGCUGGUGGCUUUCAAAACGCCAACAGGGCCAAAACCAAGAGUAAUGACAAUGUGGAACGCAGUCCUACCAGGGAGAACCCGCCCAGCCAGAACUCAUCCUUGGACUCCAGGGGGGUGGGCAUGGUGCGGGCAGAACUGGUAGUUGUUCAGAAUGAAUCUUCGGAGAGUGAGGAGAAUGAAGACGAGAACGUUGAAGAUGGUGUGUUUGAGGAGGAGAUGGUGCAAAACCUUAACGACCAACCAACAGACCUGAGAAGAACCGUUUCACCAGAAAUACUGAACUGUAUCCCUUCUCAUCAGGUCUUGGUCAGAGAUGUCGCAAAGGACACACACAAGUUAGCGGAGACCGUGGGUGAAGGUAGACUCCUCGAGGACAUGGAGAGAUACGAGUUGAAUGAGGACAGACGAGAAGAUGGUUCAGUUAUGAGUCAAGAUUGUGUUGAUAAUCGUGAGGAAGAUGAAGAGGUAGCAGAGGGCGAGACUGAGGUGGAGGAGCAGGUGGACCAGAGCCCCCUGGAUCGAGCCUCUCCAGUGGUGUACGGUAUUGAGAACGCAGCCUUUGUUGAUGACAGGGAUGUAGACCAGGUCCUCAGGGAAGAGGAGGAAGAGGAGGAAGAGGAGGAGGAGGCGGCGGAUCAAAUGUAUACAGAGUGUGACGACUGUUACGAAACCCCUGGUCUGUCAGACGAGGAGGAGCCUCCCCAGAAGAGGAAAAUCAUGUUCUCCACUGAUCCAAUUCUGGUUUUCAGUACCUUCUCCAAUGAGGAAUAUGAUCGGCGGAACGAUGACGUGGACCCAGUCGCAGCGUCUGCAGAGUAUGAGCUGGAGAAGAGAGUGGAAAAGAUGGAUGUGUUCCCUGUGGAGAUUGAGAAAGGAGACAACGGGCUUGGUAUCAGUAUCAUAGGAAUGGGAGUGGGAGCUGACCAGGGUCUGGAAAAGCUGGGCAUUUUUGUGAAAACCAUCACAGAGCGAGGAGCAGCUGAGAAAGAUGGACGCAUACAGGUGAAUGACCAGAUAGUGGAGGUGGAUGGUAUCAGUCUAGUGGGCGUGACCCAACUGUUUGCUGCUACGGUCCUGAAGAACACCAAAGGCACCGUGAGCUUCCUGAUUGGACGGGAGAAGCCAGGGGCACAAAGCGAGGUAGCGCGCCUCAUAAGUGAGACACUGGAGCAGGAGAAAAAUCAGCUGGAGCAGCAACAACAUCUGGAUGAUGAUCCCUACGAACACUCCACAGAGGAGGAGGAGCGCUACGAGGACCAGGAUGGAACGGACGAGAGGAUUUUGGGCUCCAAUUUCUCUCCGGGGCGGAACGUGGAGGUGUUUGAGCUGCCUGAUUCCGAGACCUUUUUUUUGCCAACUAACAUGGACGGCUCUCAGAUGGCCUUCAAGUUCAAAGAGCUGCAGCUCAAACACAGCAUUGCCACAGCCGAAAUAAAUCAACUAAAGGAAAAGCUGAGGGCAUCAGAGGAGGACAAAUCGUUGUGGGAAGCCAGGGAGUCUGCGCUGGAGCAAAAGAUGGAGGAUGGCGACGACAAGAUCCUAGAGCUGGAGAGUUACUGGCUGGAAUCCCAGGCUCUGUGUAAGAAUGUGAACGAACAAUUAGCCGAGACUCAGAACCAGUAUGAGACGCUGGACAAGAAGUACAACAAAGCCAAGAAGCUGCUCAAGGACUACCAGCAGAAAGAGAUAGAUUUUGUGAAGAAAGAGGAGGAGCUGAAAAAGAUUUUAGACGACAAAGACAAGUGGUACAAGGAGCAGCUGGAGAUCUUACAGAACAGGAUUUCUGUCCUGGAGUUGAGAGGGGCCUCGGGUGGCCUGGACUCUGCUGCAGAGGAGAGACUCAGCAGCCAAGGCUCCGUCGCCAACACGCAAUCUGUUGACUCACUGUCAGAACAAGACUGGGGCGAGUUGGUCCCUGAAACGGAGCGCUUGGACACCAGUGCCCACAGAGCCAAAGGCCUGCUGGCUCAGAAGGCCAAGCGUCAGCCUCCAUCUCGGAACAAACUGAAGGAGAGCCUCACGGUGGCUUUGAGUCACUCUCAGGAAACUGAAGAAGAGGAGGAGGAGCAGGAAUCUCCCAGGAGGAGGAGGUCUAUUGAGGAGAGCCUGUCCCUCCCAGUGACCGUCUGCUACCCUGGGAACGGACAGAGAGAUAAGCCAGGAGAGGCCAGAGAGGGAUCCAAGAGUAAGGUGGAUCUCUGCAGCAGCCCGUCUCUUUCGCCAUCACAGGGAGACAGCAUAGAAAGCAGUGGAAGUCCGCCUUUGUCUCCUCCGAAGCACGGCUCCUCACCGCACUCCCCCUCAGGAUUCAUGCGCAAUGUCAAGAAGAGAGAGUCCAAAGGCAAGAGCAAAGGGUCCAAAGAGGAGUUAAAUGAGCCUUUAUCAGCAGGAAAACCUAAAAGACGAUUUCCAGACUUUGGUGGCCUGCGGAAGUCCGGUGGCAAAGGGAAAAAGCAACAUGACAAGGAGGCGAUGAGAGCAUCUCUGGACAGCAGGGGGUCGGCUGAGUUACUGGACGAACCUGGAGGGAACCUGUCUCCUGCGGAGUCCAUGACCUCCAUCCCGACCUGUAUGCCCUUCACCUGGUUUGGAGACAAGGAGCGGGAUAGAGACCGGGAACCCUCCUCCUCCAGCAGCAGCCUGCCGUACACAGCAACUGAGACUGGCAGUGAGCAAAGCCACGACCGCAAGAAUAAAACAAAUCUCUCCUGGUCCUCUUUAUUCAGUCGCUCAUUAGAUUUGAGUUUUUCAGUCAUAGAUGAUUCUAACGCUGCCAGUCCCAGUUCAGACAUCUCUGGGUUAGUCGCUGAACCCAAUCUGUCUGGGCGCUCGCACACUUUAAUCUUCUCUUCCAGCGAGACUCUGGAUGACGAACCAGUAGCGACAGGGAAAGAGUAUCAGUGGCAGAACCGGCCUGUUACUGAAUGGACCAACCAACAGGUGUGUCACUGGUUGAUGGGCAUGAACAUGGACCAGUACACACCUGAAUUCACUGCUAAAGGAGUGGAUGGACUGCAGCUCCUGCACUUGGACAGUGACAAAUUAAAGGCGCUCGGUGUGUCGAGUCAGAGCGACCGUUCGACUAUCAAGAAGAAGCUGAAGGACAUGCGCAAAGCCCAGGAGAAGCUGGAGAAGCAGAGGGAGAAAAGAGAGAAGGAGGUUCGACGCAGCGGGAAACUGCCCGUCAGUACUGACUCUGUCUGCUGAGGUGGCAGCGUGAAGUUCACCACCACGCACAACUUGUAAAGAACCUUUUUUUUUAUACUGACAGUGCCACGCUCUUCGUGUCCCGUGCUGUUAAUGCCGACAACCACACCACCGUGACUGUACCUGACUGAGGCGCCAGUAGUGAUCGAUGUUCUUACUGUAGCUCCUGUUUCUUUCCUCAUCACUGUUUUUCUCCCAAAUGUUUUCACAAACUUCACCUAAAACCAUUUUAACCAACCAACCACAUCAUGUUGGGUAUGUGACCAAAAAAGGAAUCCUAACAUUUUUUUACCACUAAAAAUCUAGAAGCUCUAAUUCUAAAGAAGUCAGAUAUAAUAGUAUAGUUUGUUGCAGAUCAUGCACAAGUUUGAAAAGAAAUGUAUACUGCUUUUUUACGCAUUUUAUAUUUUUGCUAGUAUAAUGUACCUGUUUCCACGUACACCUCUGCUGCAGGAAUCAUUAUUGUACAGUUCAGAUAAAAGCACUAUAUUUGUCUUUUAAGCUUCAAUGGGCGACAAGGUUUUAAAUGUAUAAAUCCGUUUUAUACAUGUGCCUAUUUAACUGCACAUCUUUUUCUUUUACUUAAUUGUUCAUUUUAUAAUAUCAUGAUUUUUCUACUAAGUAGAAUAGUUACGCCGUCAAUUUUGCUGAAUGGAAAGCAAAAAAAAAAAUCAAGUAGGGACGAGGUGAAUGCUACUUCUGCUGUCCCCGACUCUGACUGUGUGUCGCUGACACGGUACCACGAUGCUCCGUGUAAAAACACACACACAGCGUGCAGGUCUACUACAUGUGCACCUCGCUGGUCCGUUAGAUGGUGAGACGAGCCUAUGACAAGGACUUGUGUGAGUCGGGAGCACAGCUUCACGUACGAAUGUGAGGCCGAAGGAAGAGUGUCGACAGCCAAACCGAAGUGCUUCCUGUUUUUUGUUUUUCUUCUCGAGCAUGACUCCUUGAGCUGUAUAGAAUACGACAUGUUGGACCGCAGGAAAACUCUGUUUUCCACGUCUUCUGAAACGGAGAAAGGUUUCUUGGUACAUAGAGCAUCAAUAAACUAAUUUUCACUUUC